AUGGGCAAUUGCCUGGAUAAACCUCGGGAAAAUGGAAUAGAUUCCGACCCACGUUCAUUCAACAUUCCUUUAAUGGAAACAUCUUUAAUCGAGAGUAAACAAUCUAACUUCUUGGACUCAGAAAAAUCAAAUAUCAAUAACGGCAACCAUUCACAUAAUAUGCAGUGUCAACAACAUGAAAAAAACGCUUUUAUAUUUUCAAUGAAUGCUAAUAAUGAUCGCUUUGCUAAGUUACACGCAUUGUUUAAGUACACUUGGCAAGCAAAUUUUCUUGCACCCGUUGAUGAACGACUAAAAUUGGGAAAUGCGCGAGUUUUAGAUCUCGGCUGUAGAACGGGGGAAUGGGUGUUAGACGUCUCAGUUCAGUAUCCACUCGCCAAAGUUUGCGGAAUCGAUAAAUUAAAUUUCUUUCCUUCACCAAUACCAUUAAACUCUGUUUUCUUACCUCUUGAUAUUCUCGAUGGAUUACCUUUUGACGAUAAUACAUUCGACCUCGUUCACACUUGUUGUUCAGCUUUUACAUAUACCGAGAUCGAGUGGAAGCAAAAGAUAAUAAAAGAAUUAAUACGUGUGCUAAAACCAGGAACUGGUUGGUUGAGUCUUCUAGAGAUCAGCUUGUUUUAUACAAAUGAAGGUCCAAACACCGCUGAGCUGACUAAGCAUAUGAGGUUAUAUCUUAAAGAAAAGAAAAUAAAUCCUGAUAUCACAAAACUACAAGAAAAUUUAUUACGUGCAUCCAAUCAAUUCACCGAUAUUCAAGUCUACGAGAAAUCUCACAUCCUGGAAAGUAAUAGUAGUCGUGCGGGUGAUAUUGCUGCAAAGGAAUUUGCGCUAACAAUGUAUGCUUUAGGCAAGGAAUUAUCCUCUUUUAUGGGAUUAGAUAAUGAAGGAUAUGAAUCUCUGGUGGAAUUAAGUGUCAAAGAAUUUAAUGUAUAUAAAACUAGUGCUCGACAAAUUAGAAUAAUUGCACGUAGAAAAUCUUUGAAGACAUUAAUGAAAAGCGGAGAAACAAAUUAG